AUGUCAGAACCACGAAUCCAGGAUUAUACAGUAGGAUGGAUAUGUGCUCUGCAGGAAGAAUACCACGCCGCAACUCGAAUGUGUGAUCAACGGUUUAGUGGGGUGAAAGAAAACGAGAUACACGACGAGAACACUUACUUUUACUGCCGUAUUGGUGGGCAUAAUGUGAUAAUUGUAUGCUUACCGUAUGGGCGCUACGGCACCAGCGCUGCUGCUACCACGGCAAGAGAUAUGGUUCGAUCGUUCCCAAGCUUAAAAUUCGCAUUGAUGGUGGGAAUCGGAGGCGGUGCACCAACACCAAAAAAUGAUAUUCGUCUUGGUGAUGUUGUCGUGGGAGUCCCAAAUGGAAAAUGCGGUGGCGUUGUACAAUAUGAUUUUGGAAAGCGGUUAUCGAAUGGCUUGUUCCAGCAGUCUGGCCAAUUGAAUGCUCCUCCCGGGGUUCUUCUCAAAGUUAUUCCCGAGAUGAUACGGCUUCAUCAGGACCCUCUGGAGCUAGAUGGAAUUGCUAAACAUAUCAGUUUGAUGGAUGAUAUGCCGGAGUUUACGCGUCCGAGCGAGGACAAACUAUAUCGCUCGAGCUACCAACAUGUAUCAGGGAAGAUAUCGAUGGGGGGUUGCGAUGAGUGUGCUGAUGACGAAUUAGAGGAACGUCCAGUCCGUCAAAGAAAACGAGCGGUCACAGUUCAUUAUGGCACCAUUGCAUCCGCUAACUCAGUUAUGAAGGAUGCAGUGGAAAGAAAUAAGUAUGCUGGUUCUGAAUCAAAUAUUUUAUGUUUCGAAAUGGAAGCGGGGGGUUUAAUGAAUAAUUUCCCUUGCCUUAUAAUUCGAGGCAUCUGCGACUAUUCAGAUUCACACAAAAACGAUAACUGGCACAACUAUGCCGCUCUUGCCGCUGCUGCAUAUGCAAAAGAGCUCUUAUGUGUGUUAACGCCAGAGAAAAUAGCUCCUUUAGAACCAUGGAAUGGGGUUCAUAUAGAAAAGCUUCUUGGAGAGCUUCAUAGUGAAGUUUCGGGGAUCGCGACGAAGGCUGAACUUAUCAAUAGACGCCAACAAAGUCAAGAAGAAGAGAAGAUGCUAAACUGGCUUACCCUUAUCGACUAUGCUCCGCGACAGAGUGAUCACAUUGGGAGACGAGGGCCCGAGACUGGUCAGUGGUUUCUAGACUCGCAUGAGUUUCAGGAAUGGCACCGACUUCGUGCAGAAACACUGUUCUGCCCAGGUAUACCUGGAGCAGGGAAAACAAUCCUCUCAUCGAUUGUCAUCAAUUAUCUUCUUGAAGAACACGACAAAGACCCCACAAUCGGGGUAUCUUAUAUUUACUUUGAUUUCCGUCGAGGAGGCGAACAAAAAAUAGAUAGUCUGCUUUUGAGCUUGCUUAAACAAUUGGCUCAGACACGUCCACGCUGUUCACCAGAUGCAGUGGAAGAUCUAUACUUCAAACAUCAAAAGCCCAAGACAAGGCCAUUACAGAAUGAGGUUAUAAAAGCCCUUCGAUCUGUAGUCGCCUUGUAUACGAGAGUUUUUUUUAUUGUGGACGCACUCGAUGAAUGCCAAACCGAUGACGACUGCCGCACAAAACUUCUGGAAGAAUUACUUGAUCUCCAGAGUGAGUCUGGUGCUAACAUUCUUGUAACCUCUAGACCCAUCCCUGAGAUCGCGGGCGAGUUCAAAGAAAGCAGGAAACUGAAAAUAGAAGCCCACAGUGAAGACAUAAAUAGAUACUUGAAUGGCCGUAUGCGAGAGUUACCUCGAUUUGUUGCGAAAAAUUCGGAUUUGAAGGAAGGAAUCAGAAAAUCUAUCAGUGGAUCAGUAGAUGGGAUGUUCCUCCUGGCUCGACUGCACAUGGACUCAUUGAUAGGGAAAAAGUCCGUUGCAUCCAUUAAAAAGGUGCUUUCCCGAUUAUCAGCAGGACAUGGGUCUUAUGAUCAGGCAUAUGAUGACGCGAUGGAAAGAGUCGUCGGGCAGCGAACCGACCAUGCAGAGUUGGCAAAACAAACUCUCUCCUGGAUCGUAUGCUCUAAAAGACCAUUGAAUAGCUCGGAACUACUACACGCCCUAGCAGUCGAGAUAGAUGAUACGGAAUUCGAAGAAGAAAAUAUUUCUGAUAUUGAAUUUAUUGUUUCCGUUUGUUGUGGACUCGUCACUGUUGAAAGGGAGAGCGGCAGAAGGUCUGACAACCAAAGCGGCAUGGUUCGUCUAAUUCACUAUACCACACAAGAAUACCUCCAACGCGAGAGAAUGAAAUGGUUCCCAAAUGCGGACGCAGAAAUUUUGACAGUUUGUACGACAUAUUUAUCGUUCUCCGCUUUUGGUAGUGGAUUCUGUUCGUCCGAUAGCGAAUUCAAACUUCGCAUGCAACUAAACCCGCUUUACGACUAUGCUACGAGAAAUUGGGGACACCAUGCCCGCGAUAUGUCGGCAGCUGCGAAUUCUCAACCCGUCAUAAAGUUCCUCAGGUCCGCAUCAAACGUAGAGGCGGCAGCUCAAGCAGUCUUAACUGAACGUAUAAGAGAAGGGUACCCGGAGUUUCUGGAACGGGGAGUUACUGGCCAUGGCUAUAGCCAACGCGUUCCACGGGGGGUGACUGCACUGCACUUGGCGGCAUAUUUCGGAGCCAAUAAUAUAGUAAACUCCCUACUAGCUGAAUACAACCCGGAUAUAGAAGACAGCUACCAGCAGACACCAGUUAUAUAUGCUUCACGAUACGGAAAUGUGACUAUUGUCACGCUGCUGCUCGCGAGGGGAGCCGAUCCCGAGAAAAGGGAUAUGUAUGGCCGAACUGCGCUGCUGUGGGCUUCGAAAAAUGGAUAUGAGCUCAUAGUAGAUCGACUUCUUCAAACUGGCAGGGUUCAAGUCGAUGCAGAAGAUAAAUAUGGAUUGCAAUCUCUGCAUUGGGCAGCCUGGGGAGGGUAUGAGAAAGUUGCUUCACUUUUGUUGAGCUACGACGCGGAUACAGAGACAGGGGCAAAAAAUGGCAUCACCCCGCUCGUCCUUGCUGUCGAGGGAAACUCGGAGGCGGUUGCCAGACUAUUAUUCCGAAAGGGAGCCCAACCGAACUUCGAAUAUAGGAUCGAGAUCGUUUAUAAGCCAUUGCAUCGAUCCUAUAAUGACUUGCGGGAAAGCACCUCGGACGAUCCAACCCUUCGAGGGUUUGGAUAUCUGUUUGGCCGAAGAGAGGGGGAUGAAGAGAAGGUCAUGGAUCUAGAAACACACGUGUUUUAUGUCUAUCAGACAUUAGAUAUAUCGAUGCGGGUUAAGGCCUACAUUAAUUUUGCUUGGUCGAGGUUUGUCGCUAGUGGAACUACGACUACAAGAACACCACUACUCCGGGCUGCUGAGAAGGGAUUAGACGGGAUAUUGGACAUAAUAGAGGAAAGUGGUGUUAAAGUUAGUUCAGCCAAUGAUAUCUACCGAUUAAUAACUUUGGAGUCUUUCUUCUUCAGUAUUGAUGCCGCCAAGAAGCUUCUAACCCGCGGCGCUAGAGUCUACGGAAUAGCAGAACUUGACCCUGUAUUCUUAGCAGUCGCUUCCGGCUCCAAAGAAGAAGCGAUACGCUUAUUAAACAGUGGGAGAAAUGUCAAUGUUAAGUGUGCAGGAUACAAUUUGACGCCGUUGGAUGCAGCAGUUUAUAAAAGGGACGCUGGAUCGGUUAAAUUGUUGGUGGAAAACGGUGCAAUAUGCACAAACGACCCAAUAGAUCUUCAUGGACGGACGCUACUGCACCAAGCGGUACAAAUAACGAGUACAGAAAUCAUUCAGCUGCUCAUCGAUCAUGGCGCCAGUGUCGAUAUUCAAGACGACAACCAUCGUACGCCACUAUUUCUAGCUGCGGGAGAGGGCAAAAAGGAAGUAGUCGAACUAAUGUUGCGAAAUGGUGCAUCAAUAGACUCAAGGGAUAUAAAUGGAAAUACAGUAUUGUUUUUUGCUAUCUUCCGAGGGAAUCAGGAAAUGAUACAGUUCCUACUAGACCAUGGCUCCCAAAUCAACUUAAAAAAUAAGAAUGACUUUACACCGCUUUUUUUUGCUAUGUGUCAUGCUUCCAACGAGGUAGUGGAGCUACUAUUGAGGAAUGGCGCCGACGUUCACCUUCCUGCUUUGGAGGGCUGGACACCGUUUGAAUAUGCAGCAUCUUGCGGAAAGACGGCGCUUUUAAAGCUCAUACUCGCAGCUGGGGAUGUUGAACUAGACCGUAAAGAUAGUUACGGGUCGACACUGCUAUCAAUAGUAGUUAGAAAGGGGUAUGAAGAAGUGGUUAGGAUGCUUCUUGCAACUAAUGCCGUGAACCUACAGAGCGAAGAUGCAUUUGGUAGGAGUAUCAUAUGGUGGGCGAAGAGGCAGGGACAUCACAAUAUAGCGCACCUUCUAAUUGAAGAUGCGAAGCGCACAGGAAUAAUAUUGCCUGACAUGGACGUACCUCUGAGAAACCGGUAUGGACUUGAUGAGGGCCGUAGGGGUUGCGAUGUUUGUCGUCUGGAUAUUUUAAAAAACUCUGCUUUUUACCACUGUAGAAGUUGCGCUGACGGGGACUUCGAUCUUUGUCUUGAUUGUGUUGAAGUCGGGGCCCAUUGCUUGGAUGAAUCACACGAAAUUGUAAGAAUGGACGAAUCUAACUAG